ACUGUCGAUGUUAUUUGCUCCUUGGGGAGCUUAAUUUCAACAGAACGUUUGUUGUUUUCUACAGAAUGUUUGUUGGUUUACAUGCACUUUUUUCUCUUUGAAACAAAGCCCCUGGCAAUGGACGAAAGUGGUGGCACUUUGUAAAUUAUCAUGAUAACUGGUGCUCGGUUCACAUAGCGAACACAUUCCACGAUAAAAUGGCUGAACCUGGUCCGUACGUAGCAAAUUUUAACAUACGUAGAUGGACAGUAAAUCAAGACGACUCUAUUAAUAGCACUUUCGACGUUUGGGACAAAAUACUAAACUUGGACGAGGAGUUUGAUUCCUUCGUCUUGCACCCCUGGGCCUGGGUAGAGGCGGAUCUAACAAUCCCAUUUUACGUGUACGUUUUGCCAGUCCUGGCGCUCCUGACACUAUGUUCGAACACUCUUAUGAUCACCGUGUUCGUCAAGGAGAAAAUGUUUUCGUCGAUAAACAUUCUGAUGAUAGCUAUUGGUAUUUCUGAUACUUUACACGUGAUCUUGCCAUCUCCUUUCUUACUUGCGUUGUAUUUUUCGGACGUCUCUCCAUUCAUCCCUAACCAUUACUGUCGAUUGUGGGAUUAUUUAGCCAAGUAUAUUCCAGAAAUAACGCACACGUCGUCAAUAUGGCUGACCGUUUUACUCAGUUUCCAUCGCUACAUCGGUGUGUGUUAUCCUUUCUAUAUCAGACAAAUCUCGACAAGAAAGAGAAGCGUUUUGUGUGUUAUAGCAGUAUAUUGUUGUUCUUCAGUGCUUCAUUUCUGUCGGUUUGUGGACACGACGUAUGUUGAUUUUCAUGUUGUAUGGGGAACAAAAGACAUUUUCACUUGCAAGGCGGUGCAUACCGAUUGGCUAAAAGGAUACGAAGUUCUGUAUGAAUGUAUCUACUACUGGAAUUGUAUUGUACUAAUCAAGGUCCUCCCUCUGUCCAUCGUGGUGACGUUAGAUUUUCUCAUGGCUAGGCAGCUACUUCGUGCCGAUAAUAAACGGCAGCGUUUUCUAUCGGAGAACCAGACCACCAAAGAGAGUCGACGUGUGACGUGGAUUGUUAUUGCUGUUGCCGCCAUCUUUUCUUUGGUGGAGAUUCCAGUAACGAUCAUACUUAUCCUGUGGACACUCUCCAUGGUUCAUGACAAAAUGUACGUGUCGGAAGUGAAACUGGGGGAACUGAGCGUCAUUUUUAACAUCAUUAUCUACAUAUCAUUCCCGUGUAUUUUGUUUCUCUAUUGUUUGAUGUCUAGGAAAUUUCGUAAAUACUUGCCGUGUUUAUCUCUGAAACUUACUAUUGUAAAUAAGUUCCAAAAAGCAACUCCAGAAUCCAACGAUACCGAAUGUUGAUUCUUAUUUAUUUCUAUCUUCGCAUACAAAAUGUUCCAUAGUUGUAAAUAUUGGAGUAAAUCAUAGACACUG